UCUCUUUUACAGCUUCAUUCGAAAACCUCAAAACAAAAACCCAAAAAAAAAAGAAAAAACUUACAAAACAAAAAACAAAUUCAGCUUACAACAAUUUUCCUUGUACAUACGAAAAAAAGAAAAGAAACGAAAGCCAUACACUUACAUACACACAUACAUAUAUUAUUUGCUUUCGAAAUCAAAAUCUAGCUAUCGAAAAUGUUUCGUGUAGUAUCAGAUCAUGAAGAUUUCUCUUCAAAAAGGUGUGUUUGGGUUAAUGGUCCAGUAAUUGUUGGAGCUGGGCCAUCAGGACUUGCGGUCGGGGCUUGUUUAAAGGAACAAGGAGUUCCAUUCGUGGUUCUCGAAAGAGCUGAUUGUAUUGCAUCUUUAUGGCAAAAACGUACAUACGAUCGUCUUAAGCUUCAUCUACCUAAAAAAUUCUGCCAGCUUCCUAACCUUCCCUUCCCUGAAGAUUACCCUGAAUACCCAUCUAAGAAACAAUUCAUUUCUUACCUCGAGAAUUAUGCUAAGAAAUUCGACAUAACCCCGCAAUUUAAUGAAAGUGUUCAGUCAGCCAAGUAUGAUGAAACUUGUGGGUUAUGGAGAGUCAAGACAGUUUCUACUGAUCCUUUUGGGACCGGUAACCGCGCUGAAGUUGAGUACAUUUGCAGAUGGCUUGUCGUUGCUACCGGGGAGAAUGCCGAAAAUGUAGUACCUGAAAUUGAAGGUUUGUCUCAUGAAUUUGCCGGUGAAAUUGUCCAUGCUUGUGAUUACAAAUCUGGUGAAGAUUACCACGGUAAAAGGGUUCUUGUCGUUGGAUGCGGGAACUCGGGAAUGGAACUAUCUCUUGAUCUUUGCAACCAUAAUGCCUUUCCAUCAAUGGUCGUUCGCUCUUCUGUUCAUAUUUUACCAAGAGAAAUUCUCGGAAUUUCAACAUAUGAAUUAGCUGCGAUGUUGAUGGCUUGGUUACCGUUAUGGGUUGUCGAUAUCUUAAUACUGAUUAUGGCUUGGUUAAAAUUCGGAAGCAUGGAGAAAUACGGGUUGAAGAGGCCAGCAAUGGGUCCAUUGACACUCAAAGGUGCUAUUGGAAAAACACCUGUUUUGGACAUUGGUGCCUUAGAAAGAAUCAAAUCUGGUGAUAUUGAAGUUGUUCCAGCAAUUCAUAAGUUCUCUAAAAGCUCCGUUCAACUCGUUAAUGGCGAAAUUCUGGAUAUCGAUGCUGUUAUUCUAGCAACUGGAUAUCGCAGCAAUGUUCCCACUUGGUUACAGGAAAGUGAAUUCUUUUCUAAGAACGGGUUUCCAAAAGCCUCAUUCCCAAAUGCAUGGAAAGGACAAUCAGGAUUGUAUGCAGUAGGGUUUACAAGGAGAGGUCUGUCUGGUGCUUCCUUUGAUGCUACAAAAAUUGCCCAAGAUAUUGGGCAAGUAUGGAAAGAAGAAACUAAGCAAAAGAAAACAACCAAAGCUGCUUGUCAUAGAAGAUGCAUUUCACAGUUUUAAUUUUUCUUUUUUUUUUUAGAAAAAAAAUAUUGAUUUAUUCAAUUUACACAUACAUCACACCUUUAUGCUUUGUUUCUUCUCACGAGAAAAAAAACAGAAAAAAAAAGACGUCAUAAGGAAAGAAAGAAAAAUAAUUAUACAUAUGAAAAGAAAAUAUAUAUACAAUAUAUGUAGCACGGCACAAAGAGCAGCCCUCUCCAAAAAGCCCUAUGUGUUGGGCAUUUUUGUACAGAGGAAGAAG